UUUAAGAACUAUUGUCAACAAACGCCAAUUGAUCAAGCCAAGUAUAAUCUUGGAAGUUACCUUCAUAAACUAAGAGGGAAGUCCAUUUUUUAGAAUGAUAUACUCCGAACGAAUAGUUGCUGACCUUUUCCUUUUGAAGACUGUGGACCACUAACCCGCCCUGUUAAUGGACAUAUGACAAUCAGAGCCACAACCUUCCUGAGCGUGUCUGAAUUCACUUGCGACGAGGGUUAUGAUCUGAUUGGAAGUGCAAGAUUGGUUUGCAAGGCAGAUGGAACAUGGAAUGGCACAGAACCAACAUGUAGAAUAAGAGAUUGUGGAUCCUUGCUCGCACCAGCCAGUGGCACUGUUGUUUAUGCAAGUUCUACAUACGGAUCUGUAGCUUUGUACCAGUGUAACGGAGGACACGAUAUGGUAGGCAAUGGGACACGUGGCUGCCUUAGCAAUUCCACAUGGAAUGGACAACCCCCCGUUUGUCAAAUUAAAGAUUGUCAAAUACCUCCUAUCCCACUGAAUGACACUGCCACUUUCAACACCACAACCUUUGGAUCAUCUGUCAUGUACACGUGCGAUGCUGGUUUUGAUCUCAUUGGAAACAACGUGUCAGAAUGUUUGGAAUUUGGAAACUGGAGUAGUCUACACACACACACUGUCAAAUAAAAAACUGCGGAAGCGUACCUCCUCCUCUAAAUGGCGAGACGACUAUCGGACCAACAGUGUUGGCAGCUUAAUUAUCUACACGUGUGAUGAUGGCUUCGACCUUGUUGGAAGCUUUGCUCUUUUCUGUGAAGCCAACG